GACAUUACCGUAGCAAUGAAUAGGUUAAUUCUUAGUUUAGAGAGGAGAACUGCGUGACAUUAUAUUACUAGAAAAACGACAUGUAGUUCGUACAACACAGAUUAGCUUAUCCCUCUUAUGGGGCCGAAAGCAAGCCCACUAAGAAUCGCAAACGUCAACACGUGGCAGAUCUAAUCACGCGUCGCACUCCCUUGAGUUCACUAGGGUUUUGAUGAUGUCCGUUACAGUUCACUUCCACAUAAGAAAACCAGAAACCGUUUCUUUCGCUUAUCUUCUAAACAAAACUAAGGGUUUACGAAGAGGGAUCUGUCUUGGGUUAGAAGAAAGGGUGCAGAUGAGGUUUGAGAUACUUGAGUCGAGGUUUAAGGAACUGGAGUCGGAGAAGUUAGUGUUGGAAGAAGAGGUGAGGAAACUGAAAGAGUCUGAUGAUGAUUCGUUGGUUGAGCAGAUGAUGGUGAACAAAGCGUUGGAGUUUGAGAAACAGGUUGCUGAGAACAAGUCCGAGGAAUGGAAGAGAAAGUUUGAGAAGCUAGCGGAGGCGGUUAGGAAGCUAGAUGAUAUCGGUGCGUUUAGGGUUGGGGAAGUGGAGUUAGAUGAGGAUGUGAAGGUAGGGUUGGAGUUAGCUGGUUUAGGAAAGAAAAAGAUCGAGUCGUUGUGUAGGGAAGGGUUAGUUAAUCAUCAUGUUUCAGGUUGUUCACCUUGUGUUACUACACCGGUUAAAGACUGUAGUAUGUCAGGGAGAAACAGAGAUGAUGUGUCUUCUCGUAGACGGGUUAAUAAGAUGUUGGUGUUUGAAGGUGAUGAUGGUAAAUGCACCGAUGUAGUUGAUCUAUCUGAUAGUGAAACAGAGGAGGGAAGUGUUGGUGAGGAGGAAUGCGAAGAUGAAGAUGUGGAAGCUUGUGAAGGUAACACAAACGCUGGUCGUAAGAGGAAACGGGUUAUAACGAGUGAUUCAGAGAAUGAUGAUAAUGAUGAUGAUGAUGAUGAAGAUAACAUACCCAUUGCAACACUCAAGAACCUGAAACAACCACCACAGAAACAUGAGGUUGAUGCACCUAGCGCGGGAGAGAAUAAUGUCUCUGGAGGGUCGAGGAGGCAGCGUCGAGUGUCCUCAAGGCUGAGAAAACAGAGACGACCUCUAGAAGAGAUCGAAGGACAUCGAACAGAGAGACUUGUGGGAAUCCCGAUAACUGGUAAUGCUCACGAUGAUGAUGAUACGGAAGAAGAAGAGUCAGAGCGGGAGAGCGAGGGAGAGAGUUUGAAUGGGUUUAUAGUUGAUGAUGAUGAUGAGUGUGCAAGUGAGGAGGGAUCUGAUGGUGCCGUAUCGGAGGAGGAGGAGGAGGAGGGGGGAUCUGAUGGAGAAACCGGUUAUGCUGACGUCAUGGCAAGGCUAAGGAGGGACAAGAAACCCGGGGAACAUAAAUGGGACCUCGAGGGAGAGAUGCUGGCAGCGUUCGGGAAAGACCCCGAGCUUUGUAUGAGAGCGGUUUGCGUUCUGUACAGGUUUCAAACAGAAGGCGAGAAGGCAACACGUUCAAGUCACGUCGCUAACGGUCGCGGUUUCAGCAUGGCUGACGCCGACAGGGGCACUCGCAUAGGGCAGUUUCUGACGGAUGGAGAUCCCGAGGGUGAUUUGAAGAAAUCGGUUGAGGAGUUGCGGAGGUUCGAGUGUAACGCGGUUGAGAUUUGUAGUGAUUUAGCAAGACAUUACUCGAAGCAGCUGUUCGAGAUUUAUAACAACAGAGAAGAUCCAUUCUUCGCUGCUCCUCCAUCUCCAUGAGUUUGGUGAGCAUGUUCGUUAUGGUAGUAUAAUAACGCAGAAGCUUGCUCUUAAGGUUUGGUUUUCUUGUAAAUUUUAAACCUGUUUGAGAUUAAUCUAAUGUAAUUAGAGACUGCAUUCGCUUUUUGUGUAAAUGGAAGGGGAUGAUUUGGACUAUAAUCAUGCUGAAGAGAUGUUAUUUUCGGUUAAGUCCUAAACCGGGUUAUUACAAGCUCUGAACCGGGUUAUUACAAGCUCUAAACCGGAUUAUUAUUAGCUCUAAACCGGAUUAUUAUUAGCUAUAAACCGGCUUAUUACAAAGCAUCAGGAAAGAUUGAGAGAAACAGGCUGGAGAUUUUUUAAAAUUUUAAUUUGAUCCUUCUCUCACACAGCUUAGAAACAGAACAUUAUUAACCGUUUUCUCGUUAAACCUCUAAUUUUGAAAUUAAAACUAAUUAAAAAGACUACAUACAGAGUGAUGAGAGUUCGAGACAGACAUGAUAUGUGAGAUACGUGUGGUCCCGAGGCGUUUGGGCCCCACGUUCCUCGAGGCAUGUCCUUUUACUAUAUAAUCGAAUCUUAUAGCUUCUCUUGUUCUUUCACCAAUCGUCAUUUUUACUUAUCUUUGUUGAGGAAAAGAGAUUCCCUCACCGGUCACCAGAAUAGUCACCGGAGAUUAACAGAAGGAAUGGCGUCCUUGAAGUUUCCGUUGGAGAUUCUUGCCGUCUUCGUCAUCAUCUCGGUGAUUCUCUUGCCGGUUGCUCAUGCGCAAUCACCUUCGCCAGCUCCCGCACCAACCAGCGACGGAACAUCGAUAGAUCAGGGGAUAGCGUUUGUUCUAAUGAUGGUGGCUUUGGCGUUGACUUAUUUCAUUCACUGAACUUGAUGAAUCCAUCCACAACAAUGGUUUUGUUUCCUAGUGUUUGUUUUCUUUUCUUGUGACGUGAGAUUUGUAGGAAAAUGAAAAAAAA